AUGGCCACCGAUACCCAAAUCCGAAUCGGAGUAAUGGGCUGCGCCGAUAUCGCCAGAAAAGUCUCCCGAGCAAUCAACCUCGCUCCAAACGCCACAAUCGCCGCCGUCGCAAGCCGCUCUUUAGAAAAGGCCAAAUCUUUCGCUUCCUCCAAUGGCUACCCACAAUCAACAAAAAUCCACGGCUCUUACGAAUCGAUUCUCGAAGAUCCUGAAGUCGAUGCUCUCUACGUUCCUCUACCGACUAGCCUCCACGUCGAGUGGGCUAUACGCGCCGCCGAGAAAGGGAAACACAUACUUCUCGAGAAACCUGUCGCGAUGAACGUAGCUGAGUUUGAUAAGAUCGUCGCUGCUUGUGAAGCUAAUGGUGUUCAGAUUAUGGAUGGUACUAUGUGGGUUCACAAUCCAAGAACUGCUAAGCUUCAAGAGUUUCUCUCUGAUUCUGAACGUUUUGGUCAGCUCAAAACCGUACAGAGUUGCUUCUCAUUUGCCGGAGAUGAAGACUUCCUCAAGAACGACAUCCGUGUGAAGCCAGGUCUCGACGGGCUCGGUGCUCUAGGAGACGCUGGAUGGUACACGAUCCGAGCAAGCCUCUUAGCCAACAACUUCGACCUUCCAAUUACCGUCACGGCCUUUCCCGGAGCUGUACUAAACGAGUCAGGAGUGAUUCUCUCGUGUGGAGCUUCUCUGACCUGGGAAGACGGACGAACAGCAACCAUAUACUGCUCUUUCUUGGCAAACCUAACAAUGGAGAUAACCGCCAUUGGAACCAAAGGCACGCUUCGUGUCCACGACUUCAUCAUACCGUUUCAAGAGACCGAGGCGUCGUUCACGACGACCACUAAAGCUUGGUUCAAUGAGCUUGUGACCGCGUGGGUUAACCCGCCGACGGAACAGACGGUUGAGACGGAGCUUCCUCAAGAGGCGUGUAUGGUGAGAGAGUUUGCUCGUUUGGUUGGAGAAAUCAAGAACAAUGGCGCGAAGCCUGAUGGGUUUUGGCCGGGUAUUAGUAGGAAGACGCAGCUAGUGGUUGAUGCUGUUAAAGAGUCUGUUGAUAAUAACUAUCAACAGAUUAGUCUCUCUGGUCGUUGA